AGUCUUAACUCUUCUCUUACGCCUGAUCGACGUUUCUAGAACUGUAGGCGAUUUGGGAUCGUCUCUUCUUCCUUACACUCUUCACUUCACACUUAAAAUCUCUCCUUUUCUUUCAUACACUCCUAGAUUAUCCCGCAGAUUCCUUCUGAUUCUCAGCUGCUAAAACCCUAGGAGAAAUUUUACUUAUCAUUAUUUAGCUCAGGGUUUUCUGUUUUUCCACCUUCUGCAAGAUGAGUACCAUGAAGUUUUGCCGGGAAUGUAACAACAUUCUCUAUCCGAAGGAGGAUAGAGAUGAGAAGAUUCUUCUCUAUGCGUGUCGCAACUGUGAUCACCAAGAAGUCGCUGACAAUAACUGCGUCUAUAGGAAUGAGAUUCACCAUGCUGUAGGGGAACGCACUCAAGUUCUCCAAGAUGUUGCAGCUGAUCCAACUCUCCCUCGGACUAAAGCUGUCCGAUGUGCUCAAUGCAACCAUGGAGAAGCUGUUUUCUUCCAGGCCACUGCCAGAGGGGAGGAAGGUAUGACAUUGUUCUUCGUUUGCUGCAAUCCAAAUUGCGGUCACAGAUGGAGAGAUUGAUAUCGAAUACAUGCUGAAUAUUUCCCUUAUGCAAUCGAGGUUUUAUUGGCACACCAAAUGUUUUAACCAUCUUAUGCUUGAAAACGUAGUUUUUUGCAUGGGGUUUACAAUUGUACUGAAUUGUCUAUGUGGGUUGAUGAGGGUCAUUAACUUUGCAACUUCUCAAAUUCUCAAUUGCUCAAUUUAACUUCGCAGGGAUGUGCUGGAACAAUGCUAAUUUACUUGUCUAGUAGCAUGUUUGAAAGUGAUUCUAGUUAAAAUCACUUGUCAAA